GAAAAAAGUGUUUAUUUCAUUCUGUGUAGAGAAAUUCAUAAAAAUGCUGACGGUCGGUGUUUUUUUCCUAUUGAUUCAAGCGUGUUACAUUCAGCACGCCUAUAGCCAAUGUUUCGACAUUGCCGCUCCAGUGCUUGGCAUUGCAUCACCAGCGCUCACUAUCGCAGCCCCUACUUUGGGAUUAGCAGGACCUGCCAUCGGGCCCUAUGGUUGCGACAGUUGGGGUUACGGGCCAAGCUGGGCUGGCUUCGGUGGGUACGGCUAUGGAUAUCCCGGUUACGGCGGUUGGUUUGGCCCAGGCUGGGGUGGAUGGGCUGGUCCCGCUAUGGGAGGCUACGGAGGUGCCGGUGCUGGUAAUUUAGCUAUGGCUGGUGAUCUUCCGGUCGCUGGGAGCACAGCGCUUGGUGGUCAAGUUCCAAUUAUAGGUGCUGUGCAGUUUGGUGGAACCGCACCUGCUGCUGGUCGAGUUACUAUCACCGCAACCUGUGGGUGUGGAUGUGGAUGCGGUGGUUCCUUCUUGUAUUAAAUUUAAUUAAUUUAGAUAAUAAAAUAUUUUGAAUCUAUUAUUUUUUUUUGUUUUAUUAAAGGAAGAGAUAAAAAUUUUCAAUGUAACGUGUAUAUAUUU